CCGGUAUAUUCAAACGAACGCGCUGAUUCAGCGAGUGGGGGCGGAGCUACUUCUAGGCUCUGUUUGGUGCUUGAACAGCGAAGCGUCGGAUUGAGAGCGAUUAUCUUCGUUACGUUUAGAUGUUAACAAACCCCCAGGUAAAGAAAAAAAAUGAGACUUAGGUCUCAGAAAACUGUUGCUGCUUGUCCAGAGACACCGAGGCGCUCCCGUCGACGGUCUAACGGAAAAAGGAGUCGAUCGCGCCUGUCGGGGUCGGAGAUUGAAAGUCCGCUUCAAAGCAAGGAUGAAGAGACUGUGAAUAAAGACUCAGAGGAUGAAGUUCCCACUAUGGUGAGGCGACCGCUGCCUCGUGGCCGGGCGAGAAAGAGGGCUAUUGCUGUGAAUGACCAAGAAUCAGAUUUGACCUUCAAGACUCCAGUCCGUCCCAUCAUGCACCACGAGCGCAUACUGUCAGAGAUCGACCCUGUGACUCCGCGUAACGCGACAACAGCUAGAAACAUCUACUCACCCAUUGUGCGUUUCCUCACACCCAGCAAAGAAAAUUUGAAGUACGCAGGAACGGGGACCAGUGUACUGAUGAGCCCAGAACACGGUGUGUUCGGUUGUGGCUCCAUUGACCUUCUGGGUGGAGACGAGGACGAUGACAUCUUUGAUCCCUUUACGUUCAUCAAGAACAUGCCGUCGCGGUCCCAGCAUUCUAGACCUGCUCUUCUAGAUAUUCCCCCGAAGACCAGAAGCACCCCAGAGGGAACACUGGUGGUCGAUCUGGUGAGUUUUAUCCUCCCUGGCCUCCUGCUCGCUGCACACAUAU